AUGUCAGAUUACGAAGAUGACAUGGGCCUGGAUGCGCCUCCGUCCAAGGACAAGUCAAUCCAGUUCAGCUCGGACCAUACAGCGGGCAAGCAGAAGCGAAUAGCUGCGGACUUGCCAUUGGAAGCAGAGGACAACUUACCAUGGGUUGAAAAGUACCGGCCUAAUACCCUUGACGAUGUCUCGGGCCACCAAGACAUCCUCGCUACAAUCAACAGAUUUAUCGAACACAACAGACUACCCCAUCUCCUCUUUUAUGGACCGCCCGGUACAGGGAAGACUUCUACAAUUUUGGCGCUGGCACGACAAAUAUACGGGCCCAAGAACAUGAGACAGAUGGUUCUCGAGCUCAAUGCUUCCGACGACCGCGGCAUCGACGUGGUUCGCGAACACAUCAAAACUUUUGCGUCGACCAAGCAAAUCUUCAGUACAGCAACUCAGCAGACUCCUGGCGGACCUAAACUUGGACUGGGGGCUUUCAAGUUGAUUAUUCUCGAUGAAGCAGACGCGAUGACGUCCGCGGCACAAAUGGCAUUGCGGAGGAUCAUGGAGAAAUACACGGCCAAUACAAGAUUCUGCAUCAUUGCGAAUUACACACACAAGUUAUCUCCGGCGUUGCUAUCGCGGUGUACUCGAUUCCGGUUCUCGCCCCUAAAGGAAGCGGAUAUUCGUCGGCUGGUGGACAAGGUGAUCGCACAGGAACAUGUGGAUAUCACUCCGGAGGCCGUUGAUUCUUUGGUCCGAUUGUCCAAAGGAGAUAUGCGUCGAGCGUUGAACGUUCUUCAAGCUUGCUAUGCGGGAUCCCGGCCACUACCAAUGCGAGGUCAGCCUCCCGUCAAGGAAUCUGAGAUCAAAUAUGAGUUGAUUACGAACGACGCGAUUUACAAUUGUAUUGCGGUGCCGCAUCCCGAAGAUAUCCGCUUAAUCAUGACGACUAUGUUGAGCACGCCAGAUCUAACGGAAUGUCUGAGGACGAUUAAUGCCUUGAAGAGUAGCCGUGGACUGGCCCUCGCGGACAUAUUGACUGCUCUGGCCGAAGAAUUACAGAACCUCGAAGUUAGUGCCGCGACUAGAGUGACCUGGUUGCAAGGGCUCGCAGAGAUUGAAUACAGAUUGGCAGGAGGCGGAAGUGAGGGUGUGCAGACUGGUGGAAUGAUUGGCGUGGUGAGGACGGGAUGCGAGUUGAUGGGGGAGAAAGGGAUUGGUGAGAGGAUGAGCAUUGACGGGUGA